GUGGUGAUAUUCAUUUUUAACUUUGCUUGGAUGCGCUAUGCAGUUGGAAGCAAGAAUUUGCCGCCAUAAAAACCAAGACACUUGAUAAUAGUUGUGUCCCUCAGUUGAUAAAUUGCACGACGUGUACGAGAAAUGUCAAAAAGCUGUCCGGAGCUGCUGAGAGAAGCAGCGAAUUUAAUUGAAGAAGCUCUGAGGACAACUUCCCCAACUCCGGCAGCUCAGCCACAGCCGAUACCUGCGGCACCAUUACAGACACCUGUCCAAACUGAGCUAGCAAGGCUCUUUGCUCCGUAUAACGGUGGGAGUAGAAGAAAUAUGAUAAGACGGUCAGCACAGAGCCUAGUACCUAGAAGAAGCUACACACAUACGUUCUGUUGCUUGGCUGAUCACAAGGCUAACAAAGUUCCAAGCAUUCAGCUUAAAGCAGACCUCCUUGCUGCAGGACUUGGAGAGCAAAAAGUGACAUUUUCAGGAAAUGACAAUGAUCCCGAGACUGUAAGAACUAAACUGAUGGAAGUGUAUCCAAAGCUCCAAGAAGGGGGAGGAUUUGAGCUUCUAAAAAUUACAGGAUCUACUCGUAGUCGAAAUCUUGCAUUGCUUCAAUGUCCCAGCACUGGAUAUACCAUUGCGUAUCUGAAAGAUCCCUCUGCAAUGAUUGGGCAGGCUACAAUCUACAUCCGUCCACUUCAACAGGACUUGCACUUUGAUUGUGAGAGCUCAGGUCGUGCCUCUGGUCCACUCAUCUCCUGUAUCACUUGUCAGAAGGAAGUUUCCUUUUCUGAAAUAAAAAUGCACAGAGAAGGCUGUGCUGGGACAUCCACGCAGGAAUCACAUAGAGAGCGAGAGGGAGGCCAUGGUGAAGAAAAUGAUAGAGAGCCAGCCACAGUCAGUGAAAGUGUGCCAGUUAGGCCUGAAACAUCAGAAACCUCAGCUCAAAGUGCAGUAGUACCAGUAGUAACUGGUAAUGAGGAGUUUGUUCACAAAGAACCUGACAAUGAUUGGGUGUUGAUUAAAGAUCCAGCUCAAGCUGCCAAAGUCUUCAGAGAAAAUCUACUUCGGGAACAUGCAUCUGGGAAACCACUUCAGCUGAGGAUGGAUGUGAGGGACUCUGAGGAGGACAGAGAACGGGCACUUCUCUCAUUCUAUAAACAGCAACAAGAAUGGGCAUGUCCACUUCAUUGUACCCUUGAUGGUGAUGCUGCUGUUGGACAAGGGGUGAUGCGGUACUUUGUGACAACAAUAAUAUCCAAACUCCAGUUUGGAUUCAGAUUAGAUCUUGGAGGAAUGGGUCGAACGCUGCUAUUUGAGGGUGAACCGGACCAUCUGGUCCCAGCAACAUCAGAGGUACUUAUUGAUAGCAGCCUCUUCCGGGUUGCAGGAAGGAUGUUGGCCCACACCUUUUUGCAUGAUGGUCCCCGUGUCACAGGAUUAAGUCCUGCAAUAAUUCACGUGCUGUUUAAUGGUGACCCGGAAUUGGCAACAAUUGUUAUAGAAGACUGUCCUGAUCUGCACAUCAGGAGUAUCAUACAAAUGCUUGAACUCGAAGAACUUACUCAGGAACAGCAAGACACCGUCUCCGAUCUUUCCUUGUCUUGGGAUCUCCCAGCAGUAACUAAAACAAAUCGGAGAUGGCUACAUAACAAACUUCUAGUGCAUGCGGCAGGUUCUUGCUGCGUGAAGAGGACACUCAUCACCAUCAACGCCCGGAAAGCAGCGGGUCCAGAUAACAUCCCUGGUAGUGUGCUGAAAGACUGCGCAGAGGAGCUGAAGGAUGUCUUCACAGACAUCUUUAACAUCUCCCUGAGGGAAGCCACUGUCCCAUCAUGCUUCAAGACUGCCACCAUCAUACCUGUGCCAAAGAAACCAUCCCCAGCCUGUUUCAACGACUACCGCCCCGUGGCACUGACACCCAUUAUUAUGAAGUGCUUUGAACGACUAGUCAUGUCACACAUCAAAUCCACCCUGCCUCCCACCCUGGACCCAUACCACUCAGCAUUCAACACCAUAAUACCACAACAACUCAUCUGUAAACUGGACAGACUGGGCCUCAGCACCUCCCUCUGCAACUGGCUGCUGGAUUUCCUCAGCCAGAGGCCUCAAGUGGUGCGUGUGGGCAACAAGGUCUCAAACAGCAUCACCCUGAGCACGGGGGCUCCACAAGGCUGUGUGCUCAGUCCUCUGCUCUUCACCCUGCUGACACAUGACUGCACAACAACCUACAGCUCUAACCACCUUGUGAAGUUUGCGGACGACACAACGCUGGUGGGGCUCAUCACCAAGGGCGAUGAGACCCACUACAGGAAAGAGGUUGAGCUCCUGACCACGUGGUGCAGAGACAACAACCUCCUGCUAAAUGUUAGCAAGACCAAGGAGAUUAUUGUCAACUUCCAGAGAGAUCCCACCUGUCACCCCCCAUUGACCAUCGACGGCGCUGCGGUGGAGAGGGUGAGCAGCACCAAGUUCCUGGGGGUGCACAUCAGUGAGGACCUCUCCUGGACCACCAACACAGCAUCACUGGCCAAGAAACUUCCUGCGCAAACUCAAGCGGGCAAGUGCUCCACCACCCAUCCUGACCACAUUCUACAGAGGAACCAUUGA